CGAUUUGGUAUGCUCAAUUUAAAAAAAACUUUGUGUAUAUGUCAUAUACAUAUAUAUGUACAUACAUUGACUACAUUCAGCAUGGAUAAUACAUUCAUCAAAUGUGCGAGGAUUGUAUAUAUAUAUGUACAUAGUACAAUGUGGUUCAACAGCUGAUUCUCACACGUGUUUAACUAGUUUUUACUAAAUCUAAUAAGUGCGAAUAACAAUGACAUGUUAUGAAGUAAAAGUACUGUAUAUUUAUAAAUAUAAUUCGUUUAUUAUAAAUAUAAAGUAAUAUAACGUUCAAUGAUAUAAUAAUUUCGAAUUAACCCUUUCGCGAUGGCCCAACUGGAAGCCACAGUGAAGCAAAAAGUGUCUGCCGUAUAAAGACGACGCUAGUCGUGAAAGGGUUAAGAAACAGAGUUAAGCAGCAGUAAAUAUUGUAAAAGAUAAAUAUCUAAAACACUAUGGGACAAGAUAGGAAUUCAGGAACAGAUACUGCUUUAUCUGACAUUGAAAAUCAUAUAGUGGUAGGACAGCCAGAUAUUUCAUAUAAUGUUGACAAAAAAGAUGAAAAAAAGUAUAAAUGUAAAUUUGAUGGAUGUGACAAGGCCUUUGUUAGGCCAUCUCGAUUGCUUAGACAUAUUAGACUUCAUACUGGAGAGAAAUGCUACAAAUGCACUCACCCAGGAUGCGACAAAGCCUACACAAAUUCUUCUCACUUAAAACGUCAUGUGGAAACUCAUAAUCUGAUCAAGAAAACGUACAAGUGUCCUGAAUGUUUACUAUUCCUUAGUGAUCGAUAUAGCUUGAAGCGCCAUUAUAAUCGAAAGCACAGAGACCGAGACAAAUUGACUUGCAAAGAAUGUAAUCUAACAUUUACCAAAAAGUAUCAACUUGCAACACACAUGUCAGUGCAUACUGGCGAGUUACAUAAAUGUGAUCAAUGUAACAAGAGUUUCACAAACUUUAGACAGUACAAAAGACAUAAUAAAAGUCAUCAGGAAGGAACAAAGACUUAUCCUUGCACUGUAUCAGGAUGUACCGAUGUUUUCACAAAAUGGCGUCAGUAUUGUGUUCACCAAAGAACACAACACGUUAUUCAUCACACAUGCAAGGAUUGCGAUAAAGUAUUUUUGACAAAGUAUCGCUUAAAAGAACAUUCUAAAAUUCAUGCAGAGGGUAGAAAAAGUUUUCCUUGUCCAUAUAACGAGUGUCUCAGAGUAUAUCAUUUUAAAAGUAAUUUAGACAGUCACAUACGAAGAAAUCAUCUAGGACAAAAGUUUCAGUGUGACAUAUGUAAAGUAGAAAUUUCAACGAAAGCAAAAUUAGCAGAACAUAUUCAGAAAUUGCAUAUGUCUGAAAAGUUAAAAAGGAGAACCAAAAAAGGACAACGUAAAAAGCGAAAAGAUGCUGGGACAUGCAAGAAGAGUGCAAUAUCUGCACUAAUUGGAGUUAAUUUGCCACCAAAAAUAGAACAAAUGAUAUUAAAGAGAGAAACAGAUAUACCAUACAUGAAAGAAUUUGAAACAACAGUGCCUGAUGACAAUUCUGAUUUAUGAUGCAAUUGAUAAUUUUAUAAGAAUUACAUGAAAAUAAAGGAAUUACUUAUGUGCUCUCUA